CGCACCAUGGCAAGCAUAUGGCACUGGAUACUCCCGAUCGUGGUCGCGGGUCUUCCGUUCAUCCGGGCGGAGUACGGCGAUCUGGCCGGCAACUGGCUGGUGGAUUUUGGCCAGAAGCACCUGGCACUCUCGGAGAAGGAGAGCCUGCAAGUGGAGCUGCAUAUAUACAAUGUUCAGAUUAGGGAUCAGGAUGCGGAUUACAGAUUCCUGGUCUACUCAGAGGACGAGGCAAGGGCAUCUGCCUCGCUCACCGUUGGCAAGGAUCAGUUCGAUGAGUUGGGUAGCUGGCGAGGAUCGGUGGCAGUGACUGGUCAGAGGUUUGGUUACAGCUCCCUGAAGGUGACCCUUGAGGAAGGGACUGAGUCGGAAACCUAUCCGGAUAACCUGCCCAUUUCCGUCCUGAGGUCUCGAGUGGUGGACGAGAGGGUGACCACGUAUGUCUCGGCCGCCCUGGCCCUGCUGAUGUUCCUCAACCUGGGCACUGUCCUGGACCUCCACCGGCUGGCGGGGAUUGUGUGCCGCCCCGUGGGUCCGGUGGUGGGCGUGGUCAGUCGGUACGUGAUAAUGCCUGGCUUGGGCUUCGGCCUGGGUCGUGCCCUCUGGCCGGGGCAGUGGCCCCUCCAGCUGGCCCUGUUCUACACGGCCUUGGCGCCCAGUGGUGGGUUGGCCAAUGUCUGCACCGUUUUCUGCAAGGGAAACCUCAAUCUUUCGGUGGCCACCACCACCAUCAACAGUCUCCUGGCGCUGGCUUUCUUGCCAGUCUGGAUUAUGGUCCUGGGGAGGCUGCUGUACGACGACGAAGAUCUGGCUGUGCCAUUUGGACAGAUUUCGGGAGGAGCAGCUGCUCUGGUGGCCUGUGUAGCCAUCGGUGUUCUCCUCCGGCUAUGUGUGCCCAAGACCACCAGGUUCAUCUUUAGGUUCCUCAAACCGCUUUCCGUGGUGCUCAGUCUGUGCCUGGUGGGGCUGACUGUGGGUCUCAACUGGUUCGUCUUCGAGGAGUUUACCUGGCAGGUCCUAGUAGCUGCCAUCUCUCUUCCUUUGGCCGGUUACCUGGCCACCUACCUGUUGUCGAAGCUCCUCUGCCGAUCCGCCACCGACGCCCUGACCCUGGCCGUGGAGAACAGUGUCCUCAACAUGACCAUGCCCAUUGUCCUGCUGCAGUCGAGCCAGUUGGAGCAGCCCCAGCUGGAUCUUGUGCUGGUGAUGCCAAUCACCGCUUCCCUAGUCUCCCUCCUCCUUUUUGUCCUGUUCUACAUCGUACGGCGGUGCCUCGGCUGGAAUGUGCGGCAGGACGAAGAUGGAUUCGAUCACAAGGAGCUGAUGGCAGCCGCAGAGCACGAAGACGAUGGUCCCCACUACCAGCGCCCGUAAAUUUAGACAAUACCUUAGACUAGUAUUAUACUCUCUAUUAAACAAUCUCUAUUUAAUAUUUU